CCCGUACCCGGUCAUGCCACACCUACAUUUGGAUACAAAAUGCUGAGAUGAGUGUCUCCAAUACCGGUGCAUGGGUAAGAGCGCUUGUACACAAUGGUGUAUCGCGGCAAGCCUUCAGCUGCAUGCGCUGAAUGUAGGAAACUGCGCAGCCGGUGUGACAAGAAACAGCCUGCCUGUGGACAGUGCAUCAAGGCUGGCCGUAGCUGCUCAGGGUACCGCAACAUGGUCGACCUCAUGUUCCUCGAUGAGAGUAGCCGAGUGGUUACACAGAACCGGGGUCGCAUUUCGGCCAGGAAAAUGCUUCUGGACGAUGAUCAUGCCAGCAAGAUGUCAGUUCAACGACCCAAAAAUCAAAAACCACACGAACCUCCUUUGCGAUUAGCUGGCUUCGUCAUGUAUCAGCCUCUGGACGAUCUUGGGGUCAACUUCUUCAUGAAUAACUUCAUCGUGGACGAUCCAAACAUGUCGUUGAUCCACUAUCUCCCCGGCUACUAUGCCAGAUCAGGUUUCUCUGGUCCUGCACUACGACAGAUGUGUGCAGCUGUCGGGCUAGUCAGCCUUGCGAACAAAUCUCACAGGAAGGAUAUGCUGGAUGCAGCCACAAACAACUACGCUACUGCAAUACGAGUUAUUAACGCUGCUCUAUUGUGUCCAAAGAAGGCAGCUCAGGACUCUAUACUUACAUCUAUAUUCAUGGCAGCCAUGUUCGAAGCCCUACUCAUCCCACGGCAUGUCGGCAUGGAUAACUGCUGCACGCAUCUAGCAGGUGCUGUGUCAGUGGCACACUUAAUUUUGAAGCAGGAGAGACAGACCGAUGUCACGAUACAACAAUGCACGGCACUAGUUAAGACUGUCAUCAUGAACUGCUGGGUUCAACAGAUAUCUCUACCGCCUAACUUUUCCGAGUUUAAGAAUCUAGUGGAAAAGAAAGCUGCACGCAUUUCGGUACACGACAUGUUCUUGAACAUCGUCAUGGAGUUGCUCCAGUUCAAGAAUGAAGUUCAGAACUCAAUACAAAACGACCCUGCUGCUAUUAUAGGAAAAGCUUUGGCUAUCGAUAGCUCUCUAGAGGAUUUUUCCCGUACAUUGGACCGUCAAAUUCCAUUUGAAUCUGUUCAAAUACCUGCUGAUGAGAGUGAAUGCCUAGCAUACAAAGGAUACUAUCAUAUAUACCCUCAACACCUCCACGCCCAUCUAUGGAACAAUGUUCGUUCAUCCCGCAUACGCCUCCACCAGCUCACCAUGCGGCAAUCUCGAUGUCUCGCGCCGACCCCAAAACUAAGCGCUCAAGAAGCAACAUCCGAAGCAGUCAUCAUUGCAAUGGCCACAGAAAUGAUCGCGAGCGUGCCCCAGCUAGCAGGCUACCUCGAAGACCUUGAAGCACCAACUACACCCGUCAUACGCACCGCACCAACCCCAGAAGGUAUCUCCUAUGAACUGAGAUAUCCAACACAGCGAUGUGCCGCUGCUCGCACCCCCGAAUCCAACCCUCACAGUUUCUACCACAUACUGUACCAGCUGUACAUCUACGGAGCUGAAUCUUGUUUACCACAAUCAAUGAGGCUCUGGAUCCAGCAACGUAUAGCGUGGAUGGAAAAUAAAGCAAACCCCGUUGAGCUGGUGAGCUUGCAGGACAUAGUCAGGCGCCAGCUAUGGAGUGUUUCUUCAAUAAACAGUGAUAAACAAUUUGUUGAGUUUGUUGGCGAAGCGGAGUCGCCUGCUUAUUUGGCAUUUGACGCCAACGCAUGCGCGAUAGAGAAACCGGUGACUACGGGGUUUCGAAUUGGUGGGAAUGACUUUUUACAUCGUGAGGCGGUUUCAGCGGGGGGUAUGCAUAGUUGUUCUAGUGUUGCCUGCAGUAUCUGUAAUCUUUGAUGAAAAGGUGAUUGCAUUGGGCUGUUGUUAGGUAUGCGCCACAGGGUACAGUUGAUCGUUGAUCUUUUUUUCCAUAUGUUGGUAUCUCGGUUAGUUAGAUAGAUCGGGGGGAAAUUUAGAAUUUGCCACUGAGUAUGUCGAGUCUAUUAGACUUGGGAUCAAUCAAAUCAAUCAAUCCGAGGGUCAUUUUUGAACUGAUUGACCCUGGAGGAC